AUGUCUUUAUAUAAUAUGUAUGAAAACAUUCCGGAAGCUUCAAUUUUAGAAAUGUUUGAAACUGAAAUUGAGAGUGAUGAAUCAGAAGAGCCAGCUAUUUUUGCUUUGGACGAAGAAUACUUAAAAAAAAUUGUUGAACUAUAUACAGAAGAUACAAGUGAAACGGACAGUAUAUCUACUGAUGAUAAUGAUGACUUAAUAUCAGAAUUAUGUUCAGAAGACAUAAUUAUUGAACAAAAAGAGUCUAAAAUUUUAACCUGUUGUGUCAUUGUUAAUAAAAUAGACGGGUGUAUUAAAAGAUGUGAAAAUUCAAAAAGUUUCCGAACAUUAUGGCAGCUUUGUGGUGUAUGGCAGAUAGAUGGGGAAAGUAUUAUUGAAGCAGAUGGCAUAUUGGAACAAUUGGGUAUUUGUAGUUACCAUUUUAAUCACGAUCAAAAAAAUCUUCAUAAUCCAGGUUUUAAAAAAACAAAAAACACAGGUCAAAGUAUACUUCAUCGAAAAAGAUGUUUAUUUUGUGGAAAGCUUUUUUAUUUUUUUACACGAGGUUUAGGAUGUGAAAAACAUUCAUGGAAUAUAAUUGGAAAAAAUAUCCAAGUAGUUUGUAAUGGCCAAGUUAAUUGUAGUGCACUAGAAUCAUAUGAUUCUGUAUGUAAACGUCAUAAUGAAGUUAAAAGUCCCCGAUAUGUAUGUUGUAAUUGUUAUGAACGUGAAGAAGGACAUCUUCAUAUUAAACCAGGAAGAGGAAGAGCGAUGUUAUCAUGUAUAGAAAAGGGAUAUCAUAGGGAAGAUAUUAAAAAAUCUUUCCAUUUAUUAACACAAUGGUUUUUAAAUGUCGCAAAAAAUGAAAAUUUUGAAUAUCAAAAAAAUAUUCUUACAGCAAUUUUACCUCAAAUUAUUCCAUUUUUUAAUUUGCCACAACCUACUACAAACACAUCUCAACAUAUUAAUUGUAAUCAUAAUAUUCCGAGCUAUUUUGUAUUAAAAACAAUAAUGAAAAUAAAUAAAAUUCCUAUUGAUUUCCAAGAAAAAGAGUCGGAUGAAAAGGAAUAUGAGGAAAUUGGCCAAAAAAUGGGACAAGAAUUAUGGAAAUCAUCCAAACAUCUUAAAAAAAAUAAAAAUAACUUACAAAAUCCCGAAAGCCUUAGUAGUUAUAUUGGUGCAUUUCCUAGGCCUUUAAUAACCUUUUUUGAAUCAAUGCUUAUGUCAAUACUAGAAAAUAAAACUGCAGAAUCAAAUCGUAAACAACACUCACCGUUAAAAAAAAUGGAUUUACAAAAAGUCAAUACACUUCUUUCUCUAUUAGUUUCAUCUUUAGUUAAUUUUGCAUUUCCAUACUCAAAUUUAUGGCUACCAAGCGUAUUAGCAUCAUUAUGCUGA